AUGAUUAUUUUCAUUGCAGCAACAGUCCUGUCGUAUGUUUGGAACUCGACGGGCACGACUGUAGCCACUGUUAUCAAUCCAAGUGCUCUGGCAUUGGAUUCAUCCGGUGCACUCUAUGUUGUCGAGAGUUCCCAAAACCGGGUUCAGAAAUACAUAAUCGGAAUGUCGAACAGUACAACAGUGGCUGGUCAAGCAAGUGCAGUAUCAGGUUCUACUUCGGAUUUCCUGCAUGCUCCUACUGAUAUAGCUAUCGAUUCCAGUAACAAUGUCUAUGUAGUAGAUAAAGAAAAUAAUCGAGUUCAACUUUGGGCUAGUGGAGCAUCGAAUGGUACGACCGUUGCAGGCAUCGGUGGUGCGGGCACCGCAGCCAAUCAACUUAACUAUCCAUACAAUAUGGCACGUGAUUCCAGCACAGGCACUCUUUACAUAUCAGACAAUGGAAAUAACCGUGUAAUGAAGUAUCUGUCAGGCGGCUCGAGUGGUACUGUAGUGGCUGGUGGUAAUGGAUAUGGUACAGGUGGCAACCAAUUGAUCUCUCCUUCUGGCAUCUACUUUGAUUCAUCAUCAAACAGUCUUGUGAUUGCCAACUAUCUUGGCCACAAUAUUGUUCGUUGGGUAUUAGGAGCUAGUAAUUGGACACUUAUUGCUGGUAGCACGACUGGAACGGCUGGCUCUUCAUCAACAAUGCUGGACCAUCCCACGGGAUUGACACUUGAUUCUAUGGGCAACAUCUAUGUGGCCGAUACAGUGAAUAACCGCAUACAAUUUUUCUUGGCUGGUCAAUCGAAUGGUACAACAAUUGCUGGUAUAAAUGGAGCAGCUGGUAGUAGCGCCAUUCAAUUGAGUGCUCCUACAGCGGUGAUACUUGACUCACAGCUCAAUAUAUAUGUAGCAGACACCGGAAAUAACCGAGUACUAAAGUUUUCACAUAGUUAA